AUGGCCGCUUACAACGGGCGCCGUGCCCCCAACUUCUCUCAAUAUCUCGAUGACCUCAACGCCAUCCCGUCGCCGUACGACCAGGCCCUGCAACAGCAGCAGCAACAGACCACCCUCAACCUCGAUGAGGAACUGGCUCUGUUCACCAACACCGAGUUCUUCGAUUUCGACAAGUUCACCGACCUGAGCCUGCCUCACUUCGACUCCGUGGAUGACAAGUCUCUGGCGGCCGCCGACCAGUCUCAAAAUGCCGACAUGAAGUUUUUGGACUUUCUUCAAGGGCAUGGGGCUGAUGUCGUCUUUUCGACGCACAAUUAUGCCUCUUCCCUUGGCCACAGCACUUUCGUCGAUCAAUUGGCCCUUGGUGAUAAAGAGUUUUCGGGGCCCUGCAGGGCAUCCACGCGGUGGCGCUUGGAACUCUGUUUAUUGGGGGCCCUCGAAUUCUCACACACCAGUCAAGUCGCCGAGUGGGAAAUUGAUGGCCUCGGAAAUAUGCCCGAGUACCAGCCCGACUUCAGCUCGGUCAAUGCUCAGCAAAUCCCGGCGCAGAACCAGCCUUUCUCGGCGGUUCCCGCUGUGCCCGCGGCUAACCCGGCUCCUGUUCAGGCACCCCUGGUUGCCCCUCAGGCGGCUCCGACUCCGGCAUCCGGCGCCGUGUCGCCCACCACCCCCGCCGCUGGGCCCAAGCGCAAGCACACCCAGAAGUCCACCCAGGCGAGUGCUGAGGAGGCCGCCCGCAACGUUGCUGAGGAGGACAAGCGUCGUCGCAACACUGCCGCCAGUGCUCGUUUCCGCGUGAAGAAGAAGAUGCGCGAGGCUGCUCUGGAGAAGCAGCUCAAGGAGACCAACGACAAGAACGACAUCCUCGAGGCUCGUGUCUCCCAGCUCGAGCUGGAGAACCACUGGCUGCGUGGCCUGAUCAUGGAAAAGAACGGCACCGAGGAGCGCGACGAGCAAUCUGAGAAAGCCAUCUCGGACAUGUUCAAGAGCUUCCUGGCAUCCCAGAACGCCGAGUCAAGUACCUCCGAGUCGAAGCACGGCGUUGGAACUUUCGCGUGA